AUGGCGUCUGACGAACACAAUCCGUCCAGGGAUCGGGUGCCUUUCUUCAAACAUGCCAACCGCGUUGUGCUCAAGACCGUGUUCCUGGCCGCAGUCACCAUCGGAGUCGUGUUCACCUUCCACACUGCACUGCAACACGCUGUCAUCCCAGGCAUAAACAAGACUCUUUCUUCCUGGUCAUCUAUGAUCGCUCAACUCAUUCGAGACACAACGGUCAACAAGACAUUGUUCAAGUACAUUAUAACAACUCCCGCAACGAGUCUACAUCAGAUGCUUCCGCCACCCGACGUUCUGGUCUGCAGAACACCGCAGUGUCAGAACUUCCUUGAAACCACAGCUCGACGUCUGCGAGGUUCCAAGUUUAAUCCCUGCCACGACUUCUACAGCUACGUCUGUGCCUCCUGGGAGCGGGAACAUCCUCUUAAAAGGCAUCGCAUACAUUCGGUGUCCUUUGAUAGCGUAACUGUGGAGCACUACCUUCAAAUUCUAAAGGCCUCUCUAAAAUCCAUGGAGCCGCAGUCCAAGUUGGGAUUAGUUUAUAAUCUUUGCCAAAAGAAAAGCGACACGCUCUUCUCGGAACUGGUUCAGACCUUUCUGCACACCCUCGGGCUGGAUCAUUGGCCGUACACGGCGCACAGUGCAAGAGACGUGUCCGCUGAAGAACUGUCUUACAAAGUAGGGUCUGUGUACAGGGAGCUAGGUUUGGAUACCUUGUUCAGCUUCAGCAUCAACGAGGACGAAGAGAACAGGUCAAGAGCUCUUGUUUCGCUUGGUCAGCCUCAGCUGGUUUCCUCCUACGUAAAGAACGCAACAAUCGGCUAUCUAUGGCUAGACAAAUCUUUCCGUUUGUUGGCUGAGAGCCUCGGGAAAACGUACAUCUCAAUCACGGACUUUGCAGACUUGGAGAGAAGCUUGCGGAGCUUCAUGAUUGCUGAAGAAAACGAAUGUUUAGCAGAUUGUAAAACGAUAGAAUUAGAUAAGCUGCCCGUUCUUCCGCUUAUUAAUUGGACCUCCCUUUUUCAGGGAGUUCUUGGAGCUGACCUAGUAGUUGCUAAAGUGCGCUUGACUUCACCUGAGUACUUGCUCAACGUAUACAAAAAUCUUGAAGUAUCCAAAGCGUGUGUGAUGAAUUAUAUUGUCUUCCGCAUCAUGAUGUACUUGCUCCCUUUCCAAAAGGAUGAAACCAUUUUUACAAAACUAAUAAAUUGGAAAACGCACAGACAGCCGAGUUCUCUACUGGGAUAUUCGCGCGAAGAUCAGUGUCUGCUCCUGAUGCUUUACACGGAACCUCAUCUUUUAACGGUUUUAGCGAGGGGUAACGAAACGAGAAUCAGUUCAAGUUUUAUUCAAGAUACGGUUCAGCAAUCACUUCCAUAUGCAUUUUCUGCAUAUGUCCAAAGAUAUUUUUUCUUGAGACCAGAGUUGAAAAUUAAAUUCCUCGGGCUUUUAGAGGCCAUCAAGUGGGAAGCGUUCUUUCCAUCUUCCUUCUAUAAUCAAAGCUUCCGAGCAAGAUACGCCAACGAAAUCUACACCAAAGAUCCUGGUGCGCCAGUUUUCUAUUACCUAUUUUACUACAUCAAGAACUCUGCCCGCACACGGCGCUACUCCACAAUCACAAACCACGACCUACCUUCGACCAAUUGGAACUUGCGAUUUUUUGACACGUACCCGAGAAUCGACCCGCCUUUCAGAAAGCUGCAAAUUCCGAUGGCCACGUUCAACCCGUUUCUUCCGAACGAUCCAGUCGUCGGCCUCUUCCAGAUGCCUAGACUGGCCAUCAGAACGUACAGGAGCCUGCUGGACUUUCUUUAUCAUUUUAUCCGCAGGUACAAUGAUCGCAACGUCACGCAAACGUUGGACACCACACGAUCUUGUUUGAAGAUUCAGUAUUCCCAACUUAAAAUCCCUGGUACUGAUCAGUUCGCCAACGCCGAGAAGACGUCACAGUCUGACCUUCUGGACGCCUUAUCGAUUCGUGCCGCCUACGAGGUUUUCAGAAAGAAGGUUGGUCAAAGGGUAUCUAGACUGGACGUCACGAGCAGAGUAUCGUACAGCCUGGAUGCCCUCUUCUUUGUUCAGUACGCGACAUCCUUCUGCCAGAGUUCCACUGAAGAGUACAAGCGCACUCUCCUCACCCGGAGCUCCCACAGCCCUCCCUGGUUACGAGUUAACGGACCACUCCGCAACUUCGUAAAUUUUGCUAAGGUCUUCCGCUGUCCGUUGGAUUCGUUCAUGAACCCAAAAUCAAUGUGUGGUGUCUAA